UGUCAGUGUCACGGAAGAGGGCAAUAGAAUCACUGCUAUUCACUUGUAACUGAAUCUGUGUACAUUAUUGGCUGCAGGGCGCUUUACAUAGAUUGGCUUAACUAGAAAGGUAAAUGGAUAACAACAACUUUUCUGCAGUUUUCAUUCCAGGGGUUACUAAGCCAUUUGUUUAAUCACAGUUUAGAUAGGUAUUGGUCUUGCGAAUUGCUAGAAGCGUAAAGUGAUUUGACCGGUUUAAAAGUUGGAACUGACGUUUUCUGGCUAGAUAUAGUUUUAUUAAUCGCAAACCAGAUAUACAUAGCCUAUUUAACUUACUAGUUGUCAAGGAUAGCUUCCAUGCAGUUGUUACAGUUAACUUGCUGGCUGAGAUAAUCGUAAUGAAUUGACUAUUUUACAUGAUUGCAUGUUGGCAAGCUUUUUACAGUGUAGCUUACCGUAUAUUUAUCGAACGGACUAUUGACAAUUGGCUAUAAACGACAAAUCACUAAUGUUUUGUUAGCAAAUUUUUACGUGAAAACCAGAGAUAAAAAGUGAAUACUAAGUUGGUCUACAAUUAGCAACUAAUUUUGCUGAUAGCACAUUAAGAGAAACAAUCGAUUGCGCUGUCCAUUCAGUCCUGCCAGGCUACCCGAGUUCACACAUCAAAUAGCCGGCGAUUUCAACAUUUUAUCAUUUGGAAAUCUAGAUUACAGUAAACAUACGUAUUUUUUGCCAGUUUACUACAUUUAUCAGGAUGAAUAUCUUUGCGGAGUUUUUCUUGGUCAUUUUAAAAGUGCUUUGGGCUUUUGUGAUGGCCGGGUUGAAAUGGCUGGUACGUCCAAAAGAGAAAAGCGUUGCGGGUCAGGUGUGUGUGAUCACCGGGGCUGGCAGCGGACUCGGCCGACUCUUUGCCAAGGAGUUUGCUCGACGACGGGCAGUGCUAGUGCUCUGGGACAUCAACAGCCAAAGCAACGAGGAGACUGCGGAGAUGGUGCGGCAGAUAUAUCGUGAGCUGGACAGCCCAGUGACCAAAGAUGGACCUGUAGGUGGUGUAGAGGAAGUCCCACCGUUCCAGCCGCAGGUGUACACAUAUGUCUGCGACGUGGGGAAGCGCGAGAGCGUGUACUCCACGGCGGAGAAAGUGCGUCUAGAAGUGGGGGACAUCGACUUGCUGAUUAACAACGCCGGUGUGGUGUCCGGCCACCACCUCCUGGAGUGCCCCGACGAGCUCAUCGAGAGAACCAUGAUGGUUAACUGCCAUGCGCACUUCUGGACCACCAAGGCGUUUCUUCCCAAGAUGCUGGAGAUGAACCAUGGACACAUUGUGACAGUUGCCAGCUCACUGGGAUUAUUCAGCACAGCUGGUGUGGAGGACUACUGUGCCAGUAAGUUCGGUGCCAUCGGCUUCCACGAGUCGCUCAGCCACGAGCUGAAGGCGGCGGAGAAAGAGGGGAUAAAGAUGACGCUGGUCUGCCCCUACCUGGUGGACACCGGCAUGUUCAAAGGCUGCCGAAUCCGGAAAGAGAUUGAGCCAUUUCUCCCCCCACUGAAGCCAGAGUUCUGUGUGAAACAGGCCAUGAGGGCCAUCCUGACAGACCAGCCCAUGAUCUGCACACCACGCAUUGUCUACAUGGUCAACUUCAUGAAAAGCAUUUUGCCCUUUGAGGCCGUUGUGUGCAUGUAUCGGUUUCUGGGCGCAGACAAGUGCAUGUACCCGUUCCUGGCUCAGAGGAAGCAAGCCAUGAACAACAAUGAGGCAAAGAAUGGGAUCUAGAGGGCGCUGUUCCCAAGUUGUACAACGGCACAUUUCCUGAAAACGAGGAGGAUAAGACCACUGUAGGAGAAUUGCAGAAAAAAAGACUGAAUCUCGACUGGUGCACUUGCAUUGACCAAAUGCAAAGGUUUACCAUAUUGUUCCUCUGGAACAAAGAAAGCUGUGUACUACACUAAGGAUUUAUUUGUAUUUGUUUAAGGUUUGUUUAAAUAAACCAACUGUCUAUAUACUGUGUUGACAAUAGUUUUUAAAUCAUACAAAAGGUAUUCAAUAAUUAACUAUUUACGUAAUGUAGUCACCAGCAUUAUUUAGCGUCUUUGUGAAAAAUACAGUAUGUUACUGUAUGAACAGUAAAUCUUGUCACUUUGUUUUUUUUGUAGACAUGCACUGUAAUUACACAAUUUCACCACACCGCAAACACUAUUUGUGUAGAACAGUUCCACAGCAUACUAUUUCACAACUGCUCCCAACACAGAAAGGUCAGUAACCAGAGAGGCUGCAUCUAUAGGUGACAUCCCACUAACUGUGGGACAAAGAUUGACCAAAUCCUUUUCCACAUUGGACCGAUCCUAGGUCAUUAUAUGCACUGCCAAAUCCUAAUGUUUUCAUUUGUACUCUUGUACUUCGCAUGAAUUGGAUGUACAGCAGUCUUUCAUUCCUGUUAGCUUGUCGGUGCAAGGACAUAUAUUCCUCAGUUACUCUUCGUUCAGGUUGUCAAAGCCUUGGAAUCUCCAUACCUCUUGGUUUGUGCUGCUCAGCCAAUGAAAGACAGAUGUAAUCAAUAGGUCAGGGGUCAGCGCCCCAUGUUGAACCAAACCAUAUUUGAUUGGCAGUGCACAUCGAUCUCGUUUUCACGUUGUCGUGUGGGGAAAAAAAUGAUCAAUUUGGCAUAGUUAUGGAUGUAUAGUUGGAUAUAUUUUUGUAAACAUUUCUUGUGGAAUUACUUAAAUGUACAGAAAUAUUGUUCCCACUGUUUUAUGUUUUAGAGCUAACUGUCCCAUUUUUUACAUUCUUUUUAAAAGCAGGAAGGCCUUGGGCAACCUUCUGAAACUCAAAGUUAGGGAGGAGUUAAUGGGGAUUUCUUAUUUUUAUACUCAAGUUAUCUGUCUGUCAUUGUUUUUAUCAGUUAGAUGUUAAAGAAAUAUCAUGAUCUAUACACACUACUGACUAAAACAAAAUGUUAAUGUUUAACUGUUGUGAGUACCCAAAAUUCCACUGAAAUGAAACUUCAUUGUUCAAUAUUUGGAUAUUUUGUAUGCUUUAGGAAGACGGACCUUUUGAAUUUAAGCAACAUUCCAAUAGGCAUUGUUUCUUCAUUGACAAUUAUGAGCCUAAAAUCUCUACCUCUCUUAAUUUUUUGCCAUUUGUUGACAGUAUGACAGAAGCCUCUUUUUUGUAAUUUUCUUUCAAUCCUGCUCUUUAGAGGAGCAGGUUAUAUGUGGUUCUGAUGUUUAGUGUAUCUACCUAACUUAAAUGAAUAAAGUGAUUUAGAUUAUUA